UCAAUCGUGAAAGGCGUACAAUCACAGUUGCACAGUCGGUUUGCAGUCGGCACGAUGUGGGCGCGCGCCGUCUCUCUGGCGCUGGCGACCGUCGCACUCGCGGGAGCCUCCGACGUCCUCUAUGAGAUAUCCGAUGAACAAUACUAUGAGAUGCCAACGCUGUUCCACCUGGACGAGUAUGAGAGGUGCUUGGCGACGCGCGGCGUCUACUGCACUGGGAGCUUUGAACUCUCGCCACAAGGACCCCACCAGCUAUUCCAGCUUAUGCAGCGCUAUUCAGCCAACUGGGUGGACAACUUCAAUCACACUCGGCUGCACCGGGGCCUGUGCGUCUCGCAGAGAUGUAGGCAGCUUGCUCCACAGCAACAUCCGGGUCAAGGAGAACACAAUGCUGCUCUCGCUGAAUGGUUCGAGAGCUGCGUCAAUGAAAGCACAAUGCUUUCAUAUAACCUAUCCUCGCGGCUGUACCAGCUCGAGUACUGCCGAAGAGGCGAAGUCAAUCCUGAUGGCUUAUCUACCAACGAACGCGCGUUCGCUGGAUUUGUGGCCAUUCUGCUCGCCUUCUGCGCAGUUUCCACUGUGCUUGAUUUAACACUGUCAGAUCACGCGAAGAAAGGUGCUGCAUGGGCGCUCUCAUUCUCAAUUCCGGGUUGUUGGCGCUCGUUACUUGCUCCACCACCCUGCUCUUCGGAGACUGACCUUCGCGCGUUUGAUGGGCUCAGGGUCCUCUGCAUGAUGUGUGUCAUAAUAGAACACGUGUGCUGGAUCACAACGCACACUUUUCUGGCCGACACCAGGAGAUAUGAACAGACCCGUCGAGCCCUGGAUGCAAUGCUGAUGGCGAACAGCACGCUCGUGGUGCAGAUUUUCUUCAUGAUGUCUUCCUUCCUGCUCGCACACAAGCUGCUGCAGCAGAGACGACGGGGAGAGCAGGUGCCUGUCGUGCGCACUUUCUUCGAUACUAUGAUUAACAGGAUCAUAAGAGUGAGUCCUAGUUACUUCGUGGUGGUUUGGUUCGCUGCGAGCUGGUGGAGCCGCGCCGGGUCGGGCCCGAUGUGGACCCCGCUCAUCGAGGCCGAGGUCAACAUCUGCAGGAGCAAGUGGUGGACCCAUCUGCUGUACUUGAAUAAUAUUGUCUAUGCAAACGACAAGUGUCUCAUACAGACUUGGUAUUUAGCAGCAGACAUGCAGCUGUACGGCCUGUCUCUCCUGCUGACCCUGGCGCUGUGGCGAUGUCGGAGAGGCGCCAUCUACGUGUUGACGGCCUUACUGGCGGGCUCCAUCGCCUUGCUGUUCGGCCUCGCCUACACGUGGAGACUGGUGCCGACUUUUGUGAUGCAUCGACCGGAAUCAGUUCGAACAACAUACAGCACGGAGCCCUCGUUCAAUGUCCUAUAUCAGUCACCUCUGGGCAACGUGCCGGGAGCGCUGGCAGGCUUGCUGCUGGCACAUCUGCAUCAUCAGCUCUUGGACUCUCGCAUCGUGCUCAGCAAAUAUAAGUGGUUCCGCUGGUCGGCGGUGUCGUCGGUGUGCGUGUCGGCGUGGUGGGUGGCGGCGAGCCCGCUGCUGCUGGGCCGGGGUGCUCCGGGGCGGGGCGGGGCGGCCGCGCUCGCUGCACUCGAGAGACCCAUCUUUGCGUUCUUCGUGGGCGUCGCCUUGUUGGGAGCCAUGCACGGAGUACCUUCCCCGAUAGGUAGUUUCUUGUCGUGGCGCGGGUGGGGCUGCGGGGCGCGGCUGUCGUUUGGCGCGCUGCUGCUACACCUGCCACUCAACAAGUCACUGGUGGCGGCGCGCCUCGCACCCACACAGCUUGACAGACAAUCUGCAAUCCUAGAAUGGUUCGGCGUGGCCUCAGUGUCAUAUCUAGCAGCGCUGCCCCUCGCACUCUGUGUGGAGCUCCCCGCCCAGCGACUGCACCGCGCACUCUCAGCACUCCGCCGCCGGUCACACGUCCAGUCGGAUGUAGCACCGCACGAUACGCGACAAAAGACUGACUUGUAGUUCAUGCCGCAACCAAUAACUUAACAACUAUCAAUACCUACCCUGUGGUUAUAAUUUUAACUGUUUAGCGACCUUCAAAUAAGUACGUCAAUAAUGAGUUAACAUUCGCUAAACUUCAGUGGAAAACAUAAUCAUUGCGUGGCAAUCUCAAAACACUAAAGUGCGCUCUACACUCUUGCCGAGACGUCUGGGCCAAAUGUUUUGCCGAGACAUGACGAGAUCGAGAGCGGCCCUCCACAUUCCCACUCACGCAUGGCCCGUUCAGAACUCGUACAGGAUGGACUUAUUAGAAACUUCUACCUACUACAAUUAUAUGUUAGUAAAAGAAAAAAAGUCAUAAAGCGCCGUUUAUUAAAAGGUUAACUCGAGAUCGUGCGUCAAUUUCGUUUAUUGCCGACGGAAUAAUCGAAACUAUUCGAGACGGGAGUGUGGAGUGGAGGGCUGUCUCGCGCAAACACAAAACUCUUUGAUAGUAUCAACAUGAAACUGAGAGGCGAGACUACACAAAUGUAGGCGAGACAUGCCGAAUAGGGCCUAUAAACUUCUGUAUUCGGCUAGUCUCGUGUAGUUUUACCUGGAAUGAGUGCGCAUAGCCAACAGCUAUGGUUAAUGGCAUAAAAUGGCGCGACUAAAUGGUACUAAACCUUAACGGUGAUAUGCGUUGUGGGUUAGUGUUGUAGUAUAUUAAAGUUUUCCGAAAUUGUAGUAUUUUUAAAUGUUAGUGGUGUUUUUACACUUUAUUUUAAAAUUAUAUAUUUGUGUAAUAUUUACAGUAACACUUCAAUGUAAGGUAAGGGACUUCCAGUAGAGACUGAGCGGUUUGGUUUGUGUACUCAGGCUUCGUUUUGCAUUUGUCUCACGACUUCUUCAAUUAACGCUAUGCAUUUACGGAACCUUCAGUUUUGCCGUGUAAGCUAGUUUCAUUUGAAACCAUUGCGUAGGACCACCGCAACAGCUUUGUAUAUGUAAACUUUCGAACGAAAAUCACUCGUCGCACCGUAUCCAUAAAUAUAUUAUGGUCAGGUAGUCUUUAAAAAUACACUUUUGCACACAUCGGCGAAAGGCACCAUGUACCCAUUCAUAUGGAUGGGAGAAAGGAAUUCGAACAUUUCGUCGGCAUGUUAUCUAUAUACCACGUCAAGGUUAUGUGAAAGUGUAGUUUUCCGUAACAAUGGGUUAUUUUAUUGACUUAAAGGAAGCCUGUGUCGCUCUCCUAACAUACAAUUAUCACUUUAAAAAAAUCAUAUCAUUUCGUUGCUUCUUUUUGUCGUGAAAGAAGGGCAAACACUUUUGUAUCAAUAAUAUUAGGAUGUAUAAAUAGGACGUGUUGCGAUAUAUUAUCGCGCCAUGGCGCUAAUGCUUUAACAAAAUAAUGUGUUAAAUUAAAAUCAAUAUAAACCAUUGACUUUCUCUUAAAAUGAUUGAACUAAUAUUUUUAACUGUUACUAGUUUGAAAUAUCGGGUAGACAUAAGAAGGGUUUGACAACUUUGAUGAUACAAUUGAUGUUUUAAAAAUAUUUUGUAAAUUAUAUUAAAGUUGAGAAAUAUAACUAGGAACGCUCGAUUUUUGCGGCCAUCGAAAUUUCCUACCGCAACAGUAUCGCAACUUACACAUCAACGAACAUGCAUUAUUGUAUAAAUUUUAUCUUGGCGAGUGGGGCCAUCAACUUCAUGCAAUUUUAACCAUUAUUUACUUUACUGGUUACUGUACCCUGUGAUCACUCAAGAUUAACUGAUUAACAGACAAAUCUUUCAACAAAGUGGCUGAUUCAGCACCCAUCUGUCUAAAGCUGCAUUUCACCAGCCCACCACCACGGUUCCUAUUGCGUAUUAGAUUCAAUAGAAGCGGAGGGGAAUGUGUAACUAAAAUUGGACAGCUCUGCAACAGCUGGUGCUGAGGUGCUGAUGUGCAGUGUGAGCUUGUAUGGUUAGACACCACUGUCCUGUGCGUCUGUACAGUGAAGCCGUCAUGACUUCUAUUAUUAUACUAUCUCAGAAGCAGUAGUGGCCAGUGGAAUUUGACUAAUAAUAAUUAUAGUUAGUUGACACUGCGUGUCUCAUAAAUAAAA